AUGAAUAAUUUUAUAAUUAUAAUAUCAAUUUUUUUAUUAUUUUUUUCAAAUCAAAUUUAUUCUAAUCAAAUUAAAUUAAAUGAUUAUGAUUAUGAUAAUGAUUUUAAUGAUAAAAAUAGUGAAAACAUUGUUCGGUAUGGCUACACUUGCAAUCAGGAAAUAGUAUCAAAAGAUUGGGGAUUUCAAAAUUUAUAUGAAACAUUUAAAAGUGAAUUAAAUCAAACUUUUCAAUAUAAUAUGACAUUUAUUCAAAGUGAAGAUUGGUUAUUAGUCUAUUCAAAAGAUUUAUCAAUUUCAUUUGUUACAAGUUUAAGAGAAUCAUUUUUCUCAACAGAUGUCGUAGGUUAUUAUGCAAUAAGGAUAGAGGAUAGUGGUGUAUAUUCUGAAGGUGAUGAGCCCAUGUUUACCUUUAAUCAGACAUUGUAUACCUAUUACAAUACAUCCUAUUAUUUAACAUUUACUGUAUCAACUACCAUGGCAAAUUUUGCUAUGGAAAUUAAUUUCAAUGGAUAUAUUUAUAAAGAAAUUUCAGCUUCACAAAAUACAUUUGAUAGGACAACCUAUCAAUAUUAUAUUGAUGCAUCAUCGUUUACGCAUCCAACUACAAGUUUUGCAUUACUAAUAACCUAUGCAUUUCAAGAAGAGAUUCCAGUGAUAUAUGUGGAGAAUAUUAAUUUCAUAAAACAACCAGGUGAUCAAUUGACUGAAGUGUACGUUUCAAAUCAAGGUAGUGAUAUAAUGGGUAUUGGUACGGCUGAUAGACCAUUUUCAUCGAUUCAACAAGCCAUUGCAUUUGCUAAUAUAUAUAAUAGUUCAAAAAUUAUUUUAGAACCUGGAUUUUAUUGUGGUAUGGGUAAUAGUUAUAUAGAUCCCUCUAGUGCUCAAAACCUUCAAAUAAUUUCUCAAGAUAGUAAUAAUAAAGCAGUGAUUUCAGGUGAAGGUCAAUUAAUUCAAGUUGAAUUCACAUCUGUUAGCGAAUAUGGUUUCUCUAAUAAUAUAACCUUUGAAAAUUUAAUUUUUGAAAAUUCUAGUACUCGUAUUGGUGGCCAAUCUAUUAAUAUCGAAGGUAAUUGUUCACUUAGAUUUAUUGGUUGUGAAUUUCAAGAUCAUUAUGGUGAAUCGGUAAUAUCAAUUAAUUAUCUUCGAUAUGCAAUCUUUUAUCAAACCACUUUUUAUAGACAUAAACAAUAUGCAAUUCAAUCGAUUGGUGUUUUUGAUGAAUAUAGCUUACUCAUUGAAAAUUGUAUAUUCAAUUCUAUAAAUAGUUUAAACCUUUUAAAUAUUGAAGCGGUUUAUAUAAAUAAUGCAAUAUUCAACUAUGAUCUCAAUGAAAAUACAAAUACUGGACAAUGUCCAAUCCUAUUGGAUAUGAUAGGACGUUUAGAAAUUCAAAAUUCAACCAUUAGUACAGCGGUUUGUGUUUACAGAACUUUACUUAAUGCUGCCUAUUUAUCAUUUUAUGGUCAACCAAGUGAUAUAUUCACUCAAUCAGCUUUCUUGGCAUUAAAUUCAGAUAUGACAUUAACAGAUUCUUAUUUUACACACAAUGGAAAUCUAUCUAGUAGUUUAUCAGCUUUUGAAGGUUUUUUAAAACUAAGGGAUACUAUUUUUAAUAAUACCCUUUCAAAAUCUUCCAUUCAAGUUGAAGGUGUUGAGAUUGAAUUUAAAAACCUAACAUUUAAUGAAGAAACAAAUGCUUUAAUUUGUUCAGGUUCACAAGGUAGUUUACAUUAUAUAGAAUUGAUAGAUACUGGUUCUUUAAUGACCCUUACAAAAUCAUCAAUCUCCAUAUUGGGUUCAAAUUUCUAUGGAAAUUUCAAUCCUAAUAAUAUUGUAAAAUCAACACUAAGCACUAUCAAUUGUUUUUUCAUGGAUGGUACAUUUACAUAUUUUUCAAUUAUCACUUCAACCUACAAAGAUUUUAAUAGUACUUUUGAAAGAAAUACUUUUGGAUUAUUUUCAACUGAUGGUCCAACAAAUAUAACAUUAACUUCAAGUUUCUUUUCAAAUAAUCAAUAUAAAUCAUUAAUAAAAUUAAAUGAACUUGCAACUGCAGUAAUUACCAAUUGUACAUUUAGUGAAAAUUAUAGUUCAGAUGUUGGUGGAAUUAUUCAAAUGCAAGGAUCAAGUAAUGCCAUUGUUUCAUCGAGUUUAUUCUAUAACAAUUCUGGUACUUUUGGUGGUGUAGCUUAUAUUGGUUCUUCUUCUUCGUUAAGUUUUUAUAAUGUAAUAGCGUUUGAUAAUCAAGCUUAUAAAAAUGGUGGUGUAGUUUGUUUAGAUAGUUCAUCAGGAUCACUUUUAAUUAGUGGUGGUAAUUUCUCAAAAAAUGUUGCUCAAUUAGGUUCAUUUAUCUAUUACUAUGGUAAUUCAAUGAAUAUUCAUAAUGCAACCUAUGGAACUGAUCAAACGAUUGUAUUGGGUCAAGUAUUUAUGGAUGUUGAUACUGAUAUAGAGUCAGUGGUUGAAAGUGGUGGUUUCUAUCAAAUCAAUAUCACAUUUGUCAAUAAUAAAAAACAUCCAGUUAGUGAUUAUAGAUUCGAUAAAACUAAAAAACUUUUUCUAUCACUUGGUAGUGUUGUAAUGUUUUCAAUUGAUUUCCCAAAAGAUGCUUAUUUAAUUAUACCACCAUUCCAAUUGAUUGGUAUAAUUGGUAGUAAACAAACUCUUUAUAUUACUUCAGAUGCUUCCACUGUAACAAGUUUUAAAAUUCAAUUUAGUUUUGAACCUUGUGAUAUAGGCUAUUAUCCAAAUGAACAAAAUACACUAUGUAUACCAUGUCCAUACAGUACGGUUGGUACCGAUGGUUUAGAAUGUCAAGCUUGUCCACAAAAUGCUGAAUGCUUUGGUGCAACAAAUAUAGUUGGUUUGGAUGGAUAUUGGAUCGAUUAUAAUAACUCUUUGACUCAAGUUUAUCAAUGUCCAUCGGGAGUUUGCUUUUUAAAUUCAACCGAUUAUAAUACAACUUGUGCAGAUUUUAGUACUGGUGUUUUAUGUGCAAGUUGUAUUGAUGGUUAUUAUAAUUGUGGUUCAGGUUGUAAAGAAGAAACUUCAAUAAAUAAAUUAGUAUUGGCAACUAAAAUCAUAAUGUUUAUAGUACUGGUAGUUACACAACAAUUAUCUAAUGAUGACUCGGGUUUAGUUACGAUUGCACUUUACUUUUUACAAACAUUGGUAGUAAUUUCAUCAGGAAUUAAAUUUAGUAUACUAAAUUUAUUCAGUGGUGCAACAUCAUCACAUGCUGGUAAAUCCGAUGGUAUUUUAUCAUUUUUAAAUGAUUGUAUCGGACCAUAUGGUUUCUAUUGGAAUCAUUAUUUUGUAAUUCUUCAACCAGCUUUCCUAUUAUUAAUUUUGGCUUUAAUUAUUCUAUUGGAAUUUUCAUUAAGAAAAACUAAAAUUAUUUUUAAAAUACCACUUGUAAAGGAUAUAAUUGAAACUUCAGAUAAAGAAUUUAGAAAUCGUCAAUUCUCUGCAUUUGUAAAAGUUUGUAUGAAUUCCUAUGGUCCCUUUGCCACUGAAGUUUUAUUAAUUCUCUUUUGUAAUCAAGUUGGUUCCUAUUAUCUUUUAAAUGCAAAUCCAGAGGUUCAAUGUAGUGGUGAUCAAUUUUAUAAAGCAAAAACUGUAACAUGUGCUUUAAUAGUAACUCUUGCUAUUUUUCCAAUUAUUAUCUUUGUUUUACUCUAUCGUCAUAGACAUCGUUUAAAUGAUAAAGAUAUCGAAAGAAAGUUGGGUGUUUUCUACUUAAAGUAUACACCAAAACUUUAUUUUUGGGAUGUAACCUUACUUUUGAAAAGACUUUCCAUAGUUGCCGUCUCUUUGUUACCAUUUGAUUCAAAAUUCCGUUCAAUCUCUUUAGUUACACUUGGUUUAUUAUAUUUAUUCAUUCAUUUGAAAUUUCAACCAUUCAGAUCAGAUCAAGAUAAUAAUUUGGAAACGGUUUCUUUGGUACUUUUAUUCAUUUCUUGUAUUUACCUUGAUAAUGGUUUAUACGAAGAUACCGAACAAUACAUUCUAAUCAUAUGUAUUAUUGUAUUCUUAAUUGCUGCAAUUAAAUUCCAAUCAAAAUAUUUAGUAAAUGAAUUCAAUAAGAGUGUUUAUCCAAUUUUAAAAACUAUUUGGAAUAAAGUUUUCUCUUCCAAUUCAAACAAUGAUCCCGAUGAUGAUAAUAAUGAAUAUAAAGUUGUUUAUAAUACCUAUGGUGAUGAAGAAGAAAUUAAUAAAGAUCAACAAUUUAGUUAUGAUUCAAUGCGUAAUAUUAUUAAAGAAGUUGAUAAAAAAGGUACAUUUUAUAAUUUUGAAAGAAAAAAUGAAUCUCAAGUUUCUUCAAUUUCUUCAGUUUCUUAUUCUUAUGAUGAUGAUGAUGAUUUAAUUGAUGUUUUUGGUAAUUCAAUUUCAAAAAGAAGAAAUUAA